UUGGACAUUAGGCAAGUUAUUUUACAUUUCUGCCACAUUUGACAGGAUUGUGACAGUUCUGACCUGCUUUCCAGUUCUUACAACGGGGAAGAUGGCGAAGCUGAUCCCUUUCAUCCUCGUCACCACCGCUUUGGCCAUGGGCCAGGAAAGCAGGGCUCUCGAGGACUGUCUCCAGGAGCAGGUGCGCCUCAGGGCCCAGGUGCACGUGCUCGAGACCCGAGUGAAACUGCAACAGGUCAAGAUUGCUCGCCUUUUGCAUGAGAAGGAAGUCCAAUUCCUGGAUAGAGGGGAGGAGAACAGUGUCAUUGACCUCGGAGGCAAGAGACAAUACGCAGAUUGUUCAGAGGUGUUCAAUGAUGGCUACAAACGCAGUGGAUUUUACAAAAUUAAACCCCAAGAGAGUGCAGAAGAAUUCUCUGCUUAUUGUGAUAUGUCUGAUGGAGGAGGAUGGACAGUAAUUCAGAGACGAUCAGGUGGCAGCGAAAACUUUAACAGAGAUUGGAAUGACUAUAAAAAUGGCUUUGGAGAUUUUGUCAAAAAAAAUGGGGAAUAUUGGCUUGGAAACAAAAAUCUUCAUUUAUUGACCACACAAGGAGACUACACUUUAAAAGUUGACCUUGCUGAUUUUGAAGAAAAUAGCCGCUAUGCACAAUAUAAAAAUUUCAAAAUAGCAGAUGAAAAGAAUUCUUAUGAAUUAAAUAUUGGGGAAUAUUCUGGAACAGCUGGAGACUCCCUUGCAGCAGACUUUCAUCCUGAAGUUCAGUGGUGGGCCAGUCACCAAAGAAUGAAAUUCAGCACGUGGGACAAAGAUAAUGACAACUAUGAAGGCAACUGUGCAGAGGAGGAGGAGUCCGGCUGGUGGUUCAACAGGUGUCACUCUGCAAACCUGAACGGUUUAUAUUAUGGUGGCCCCUACAGGGCGCACACGGAUAAUGGGGUCGUCUGGUACACCUGGCAUGGAUGGUGGUAUUCCUUGAAGUCUGUGGUUAUGAAGAUUAGGCCAAACGACUUUAUCCCAAAUACGGUUUAACUCUCUUAUUAGACUUUCACUUGAGUAGUUGUUUAAAAUAUUUGAAAAACAGCAAUUCUGAACGCACAUCUUUAUGAUGAUGGCAAUUGUUUCAGGUACAGUUUUUAAUUUUUCUCAUUUGUCCUUAUUAUAUCGUGUGCUCUUUUCAGUGAGGCAAAUAAAAUAAAACUACUAAAUAAAUAUUGGCAAUAUUAA